CUUUAGCUCAGCAGCUAGAUACAGUUCUUCGAUUUCACCCUUACGAAAUGGCUGCUGUUUGGCGAGCCCGUAAAUUCCCUCGUAGUGUCGUCCGCUUUUCCGACCGUGAACUGUAGAUUCUUUAGUGAGGGGACACAUCGCACACGUUAGAGGAAGAUCUGACGGAUAAACUAUUAUGGCUGAAACCAAGCGGAAUUCUGAAGGUGGUACUGAAGAGGGGGAAAAUGAGAAUACUGAUGACUCGCAUCUUAAAUUGGAGCUCAGUGCUUUUCGAGCUCAAUGGAUCACAGAACUAAUACCCAACUCGGGGUUUGGUGGACUGAGGAGAGACCUGUCUCGGGUAGCUGACCUACGGAGAAGACAGGAGCUGGUCCGGGAGGAAAAAGCAAGAGGACUGUUCCUAAGAGCUGUUGAGGAAGAGCAGAAUGGAUCGGUGUAUGAAGCCAUCAAGUUCUAUCGCCGGGCUAUGCAGCUGGUACCAGACAUCGAGUUUAAGAUAAAUUACACACGCUCGCCUGAUCCAGAUGAAGGUGUUGGAGCUUACCUGGAGGGGAGUAAGGGCGACUGUGAGAUAGAUGACCUCCUUUCCUACUUCCAGCAGCAGCUCACUUUGCAAGGCUCUUCCCAGAAAAUAUGUGAGCCUGAGAUGGAGGUCUCUCAGGUGCAUAUCUCAGUCCUGCCCAGAGAGGUGCUGAUGUACAUCUUCCGCUGGGUGGUGUCCAGUGACCUGGACAUGAGGGCGCUGGAGCAACUCUCUCUGGUGUGCCGAGGCUUUUAUAUCUGUGCCAGGGACGGAGAGCUCUGGCGUUCGGCCUGUCUGCGGGUCUGGGGCCGGAGCUCUACCAAGAUGCAGCCGUUCACCUCUUGGAGGGAGAUGUUCUUAGAGAGGCCCCGCGUGCGCUUCGAUGGAUUGUACAUCAGCAGAACCUCAUACCACCGCCAAGGAGAGGAAUCUCUGGAUGGGUUCUACAGGGCAUGGCAUCAAGUUGAGUACUACCGGUACCUGCGUUUUUUCCCAGAUGGUCGGGUGAUGAUGCUCACCACACCAGACGACCCACUGGUCUCUGUUCCUCGUUUGCGUAGCAGGAACACAAGGCUGGAAUCUGUUCUUGUUGGUCACUACCGUCUAUCCCAAGACACAGACAAUCAAACCAAAGUUUUUGUUGUGGUCGCCAAGGGGAAAGAGGAGAAGAACCGGUUCUGCAGGCGGAACCCUCCGUCAGACUCGGAGCACACCUUCCAUGUGGGGCUGCAGCUGUCCUCUGGGGGGCGCCAGCGCUUCAACAAGCUCGUGUGGAUCCACCACUCCUGCCACAUCACCUACAGAUCGACCGGAGAGACAAUCGUCACAGCGUUUGACAUGGACAAAAUGUACACGCCCCUCUUCUUUGCUCGUGUGAAGAGCUAUACUUCGUUUUCUGAGCGCCCCCUGUAGCUUAGUGAAAUGAUUGCACGUUUGACUUCACUCUACCCACAGGUUUACAUGGAGUCCCUUACAAAUCCAUUCCCCAUUUACCUGUCCUUGCUUCCCAGCUAAAUAAUGCUAUCGAUGAAUGUAUUACCGUGUAUGUGUGAAUAUAUUUAGUUUGCCAUACCUUUAGGAGUGGUUCCAUGCAAGCACAUGUACUAGAAUCAAUGCUGUAUUGAGAUGUAACUGCUACUGAUUGACAUGCAAAACUACACACAACACUAUAGUAAACAAACAUCAUGGACUUUCAUGCACCUGCAGCUCAGCAUCUGUGUGUGUUCACUUGGUCUGAUAAUGAAUGCUCUCACAAUGUUUUGUGAAUCCCAUUACUUUUAAUGUACAUCAGUGGUAAAGAGAUUAUCAAAUGCAAAUAAAAUGAAUACAUCUCUUUUUCUGGUGUUAAAA